UAAUAGUUAAAGAUGAUAUGGUAAGUUAUGACCCAUUUUCAAUCUCAAAACGACGGAUCCUUAAUGUGAUAAACCGGGGAGAUGAAUCAUGGCUGAAAAGGCGCUUGAAGUUGAACCAUGGCAAAUUACCUUUUAGAAGUCAAGGAAGCAUGCUCUGUUUCCUGUGAAGACUAACCCUUAAAGGGCCUUUCUCUACACAGGGGAUAUAGGGUUUCCCGAUCCAAUCAGAUUUCAAAAACUCUAUUAAACAAUUAAGCAGAAAGCACAAAUAAGUUUUUUUUACGUGUAGAAAGUAUUCUUUUUUUUUUUUGCCCUCUUUAAUUUUGGAAUAUUGUUCAUGGAUCGUCUCCGUCCUAGACAGAGACUGCUAUUUUCUGGCUUCUCAAAGGCUGAGAUAGAGAAAAUGGAGAAAUUGCUAAAGGAAUCAAGGCAACCAAUGAACAAGGAAUUUUUUCAAAAAAUCGCAAGAGGUUUCAAUUACUCUUCUGCCCGUGCUGGCAAACCUAUUGUUAGAUGGACUGAGGUACAAUGUUGGUUCCAAAAUAGGCAAGAGGAUUGCCCAUCCAAGGUGGCUUCUUCAACUGAUGCUUCAAAAGAUGUUCCUCCUUGCCCAAAAAGUAGUCCUUCAAAUGAGGCAAAAGAAAGUUCUCAAAUGCCUAAAGCAGGAGAGAGAGUCCCAGAUCUAUCUGAGUUGGAAUUUGAAGCUAGAUCAUCAAAAGAUGGGGCAUGGUACGAUGUUGAUAUGUUCCUCUGUCACAGAUUCCUUCCAUCUGGUGAAGCUGAAGUUCGCGUUAGAUUUGUUGGAUUUGGAGCUGAGGAAGAUGAAUGGGUCAACGUAAAAAAUGCAGUGCGAGAACGCUCCGUGCCGCUUGAGCAUUCAGAAUGUCAUAAGGUGCAAGUUGGAGAUCUCGUAUGCUGCUUCCAGGAAAGGAGAGAUCAAGCCAUAUAUUAUGAUGCUCAUGUUAUAGAUAUUCAAAGGAGAAUGCAUGACAUAAGAGGUUGCAGGUGCCUUUUUUUGAUUCGAUAUGAUCAUGACAACACUGAGGAAAGAGUCCGUUUGAGAAGAUUAUGUUGCAGGCCACCAUAUUAGGCAAUUUUGCCCCCAAUGAUUAGCCCAAUUUUGCCUUUUAGUUAUGUCGUGGGCUAGGUUGGCAUGGGAAGCCCCAAAAAGUUUAUUUACUUUGUUCACCGUGUUAUCGUUCACUGUUCAUAUUUUGACUCGGCUACAAUUUAAGUUUUGAUAAGAUUUAAUACAUAUCAGAAAUGUUAUGCUGUUGUAAUUACUAA